AUGCUAUGAUGGGAUCUGCAGCAGAUUUUAAAAAAGCCCCACAGGCUGGUUCCAGUUUAAUUCACGCUGCUUCAUGUUUGUCCAGACUGCAAGGACAUGGCCUGAAGCAGAGCGCCACUGUAUGUUCCUUGGAGCAAACCUGGCGUCUGUGCACAGCUCUGAGGAGUCCCAAUUUCUACAGGCGGUGGUGUUGAUCAAGACUGGCGAUUUCCCUCUGACCUGGAUUGGAGGAUAUGAUGCUGUUCAGGCAAAUGUGGAAAAGGACAGGCUAUGGUUCUGGAGUGACGGAUCUAAAUUUGAUCACCAGAACUGGGCGAAAGACGAGCCCAAUAACUAUAAGGGUGCCAGAGAGCCAUGUGUUCAGAUGAACUUUGGAGGUACAGUAAGCCCACUAUCAUUCACUGAUCCAUUCAUCAAAUUAAACGUUAUUCAUAGUAAAGAUGCCUGGAAUGAUGAAUUAUGUGGAAGGAGAUAUCCCUCUGUGUGCUCCAUAAGAAAUUGUUCAAUCCAUCAAACUAUCAACUGAAAUCCAAAAUUCCACUCUGUAGUGUCAGCAUCCUAACUGAACAUAUUUUAUGGUAAAAUAAAAAUACUUUUUGAAGAUUAUUUGUUUCUGUAAAAUGAAAGUUUUAAUUACUUGUUGUACAUAAAUGUUGUGGUUUGUUGUCAAUAAAAAUGGGUUUGUUUGUGCA